AUGUCGAACCUCUUCCGGUCGCUCGCAUCCUCGAUGCGCGCGCUUUCCCUCGCCGCUCCUCGCGCGACUGCCGUCAAUUCCACCAAGACCGUUGUCUCGGCAUACCAGACACGAUGCCUCUCUCAGGGUCUCCUCUCCCGCCACAUUUGCACGCCCAUGUGCUCCCAUAACAGACCCGUCGCCGUGUCCCAAAGCGCCAAGAACGGCCUGCCGUCGAAGCAGCAAUCGAGGGGCAUGAAGGUUCACUCCGCUAUCAAGAAGCGAUGCGAGCAUUGCAAGGUCGUGCGUCGCAAGGCCAACAAGAGGCAAAACGGCUACCUCUACAUCAUCUGCCCUGCGAAUCCCAGACACAAGCAGCGCCAGGGCUACCGGUGA